GUGGAUCUGAAGGAUGCAUUCUUUACUAUUCCGAUUCAUAAGGUGAGCCAACCUUUGUUCGCCUUUGAAUGGAAAAACCCAAGGACAGGACAAAAGAUGCAAUACACCUGGACGAGACUGCCCCAAGGAUUCAAAAAUUCACCUACUUUAUUUGGUACUGCUCUAGGAAAGGAUUUACAGUAUUUUGUGCCUCAACAGAAAGGGGAUACUAUUUUGCAAUAUGUGGAUGAUGUGUUAGUAACAGGCCAGACACAGGACACAUGUUGGGAGAAUACAGCAGCUUUAUUAGGCUUGCUGUUGAGGUGUGGCUAUAGGGUCUCUAGGAAGAAAGCACAAUUGGUAAAGCAGAAAGUAAGAUAUCUAGGGUAUGAUAUUGAGCGAUGACACAGAGUCCUAGGAUGGGAAAGGAAGCAAGCUGUAUUAGCCAUUGCCGAGCCCACAAAUAGGAGACAAUUACGGGGUUUUUUGGGUUUGGCUGGCUUUUGCCGAAUAUGGAUACCAAAUUAUGCAUUGUUGGCAGCCCCUCUUUAUUCUGCUACAAAGGGGGGUGAAUAUGAGUUGUUUUGUUGGGAAGGGGAACAGAAAAAGGCUUUCAAGGACAUUAAACUGGCCCUCACAUCUGCUCCAGCAUUAGCCCUAUCGAAUUUGGAGAAGGCCUUUAAUUUAUAUGUAGAUACGAAGAGAAAUAUUGCUUUAGGAGUCCUGACUCAACAAUUAGGCCAAUGACAACAGCCGGUGGCUUACUUGUCUAAACAAUUGGAUGUUGUGGCACAAGGGUGGCCGCACUGCUUGAAGGUCCUUGCUGCUAUAGCAGUCCUGUUGCAGGACUGUAAUAAAUUGACCUUCUCAUGUCCUGUGAUUGUGCACGCUCCACAUGCAGUUCAGUCUAUCUUAGAUAAUAAAGGGCAUUUAUGGAUAAGCAAUCAGAGGCUUUUCAAAUAUCAGGCAAUGAUGAUUGAGAACCCACAAGUCAAAUUAGUGGUUUCUAACCGGUUAAACCCAGCUACCCUGUUACCAGUGGAUACAAAUUUGGAACAUGAUUGCUUGCAAGUAUUGGAGAACGUCUAUUCCAGCCGACCGGACUUGUCUGACAUCCCUCUUCAGGAAGCGGAGCUCAAUUGGUACACAGAUGGCUCUAGCUAUAUGUAUGAAGGAAAAAGAGUUGCAGGAUAUGCCAUCAUAGAUGAUGACAAAGUAGUGGAAAGUGGUCCCCUAGGACCAGGACACAGUGUGCAAGUGGCGGAAUUGUGGGUGCUUAUUAGAGCAUUAGAAAGAGCCAAAGGUGAGAGUUUGAAUGUUUGGACAGAUAGUAAAUAUGCUUUCUUGACAUUGCAUGCACAUGGUCCAGUAUACAAGGAGAGAGGGUUUAGGGAUUCAGCAGGCAAGUAUGUGCAACAUGGACACCUAAUUAAAUGCCUCAUUGAUGCAGUUCAGAAGCCAGCUAAAGUUUCGGUCAUGCAUUGUAAAGGGCAUCAAAGGGGUGUUGACAAGGUGGCACAAGGAAACAGGAAGGUGGAUUUGGAAGCCAGAGGUGCAGCAAAAAGGGUGGGCCCUAAACCGGACCUUACAAUAUACAUAGCAUUGGAUAUGGGGGUCCUGCCCACUGUUAUUAAGCCAACGUAUUCCCAACAAGAAUGUGUGAAGGCAGUUAACGACCUCAAGGCAACUGUGAAGGAUGGAUGGUACUUGCAGCCUGACAAACGCAUCUUUGUUCUGCAGUCCUUAGCAUGGGCUUUGAUUCAAUCAUCUCAUGAUGCCACUCACAUGGGCAAGACAGGGUUGGAAGAGGUAUUGGGAAGGGAUUAUUUCAUUAAUGGACUUGCCGGUAUGGCAGCCCGAGUUGUGUCCCAAUGUGCAAUUUGUGCCAAGGCCAAUCUUCGACAAGGGCCCCUUUUGCCACCGGGGACCAUACCUCUGUCGUAUUUUCCUAUGGAUUCAGUUAUGGUUGAUUUUACAGACAUGCCUAGGUGUAGGUUAUAUAAGGCUUUAUUAGUCUUUGUGGAUAGAUAUACUGGCUGGCCAGAGGCCUUUCCCACCAACACUAAACAAGCUAGAGAGGUGGCCAGAUUAUUGUUAAAGGAGCUGAUACCUCGGUUUGGAAGUCCCUCCCUUAUUUCAUCUGAUAAUGGUCCGGAAUUUGUCCAUCAGAUUAAUCAAGCUAUGGCUCGGUCAGUAGGGUCUAAAUGGAGGUUUCAUAGUGCAUUUCAUCCUCAGUCAGGUGCUAAAGUUGAACGGAUGAACUGCACUUUGAAGGAGAAAAUUACUAAAAUAUGUGCCGAAAGUCAUCUGAAAUGGCCUGAUGCUUUGCCCUUGGCUCUGUACGCU